AUGGGCGUCACUAUUGAUACAAUCAUUCCUGGUGACGGUGUAACCUUCCCCAAACGGGGUGACACGGUCACGAUCCACUACGUAGGCACUCUCGUAAACGGCACCAAGUUUGAUUCGAGCAGAGAUCGUAAAGACCCCUUCGUGACGCAAAUAGGCGUCGGUAAGGUUAUCAAAGGAUGGGAUGAAGGCGUACCGCAACUAUCGCUCGGCCAGAAGGCUACAUUGACGGCCACUCCUGAUUAUGCUUAUGGUGCACGCGGAUUUCCACCCGUCAUUCCACCGCACUCGACCUUGCAUUUUGAGGUUGAAUUGUUGAAGAUCAAUUAA